AUGGACACCGCGGACCGCCAGCCGGCUUCAAAUGAACUACAGGAGCGACUUCAAGCUCGGGCAGAAGAAAAUCUUCAGCUUCGUUACAAAAAUGAACGCCUUUUCGCCAAAGCGGGCUCUCUGGAGAGCAGACUGGGCCACCUGGCCAGCUCCAACACAGAUCAGUCCUGCAGGCUGGUCCAGAGUGAAGAGGAAAAACUGAAGAUAUCUAAGGAGCUUGUGGAGGAGAAAAUUCAGAGCAACAAGAUGAGGGAGCACUUUGAAGAAGAGACGUUUGAGCUGAAAAACAAGACAUUGAACCUAGACGGUGCGAUAACAGAGCUUGAGGUGGAGCGAGACAAGCUAUCUAAGGAACUCCAGUCAGCCAAGGCUCGUCUGAAAGUGCGAGAGAAGAGCAGUCAAGGCCGGACAGAAGAAUGUGCCGCUCUGAAGAGGAACUACCUGGUACUGGCUGAGGCCCAUGAUAAAGAGCUGGCCCAGAGCGAGGAGCUGAGCGGUGAGUUGCUGGCAGCGGCACCGGCCCAGGCCCAGGACGCCCUCCGCAGGCUGCUGGAAGAGCAGCAGCAGAGUGUCAAGACUACCACCCAGGGCCUUCAUGGGGAGCUUGACAGGGUGAUGGCCUUGAUCAGCCGCGUGUCAUGCAACCGAGUCAAGCCUGAGGAUCUGGCAGCACUGGACAAGGAGCGAACAUCUGUUGUCACAUAGCUUCUUGGAAACCAAGAUGAGAUCAAAGACAUGCUGGAGAAAAUGAAGAGUUACGAGGAGCAGCAGACGAAACUGGAGGAGAAAGUGGUGGCUAUGGGUAAAGAGCACCAGGAGAACAAGACAGCGAUCCAUAAUAGCCAGCAGAAACUAUCUGAGCAGAGUGCGGCACUGAUGUGCUCUCAGAGCCAAGUGAAGGAGGUAGAAGAAGAGAACUCAGAGCUACAGCUUCACGUCAAAGAGCUGAAUGAGAAAUACCGUGCAAGGCUGGUGUGCAACAUACAGGACUUAGCUGGGUACAUUGAUGGACUUGGAGAUGGUAAAGCUCCUUCAGAGGGAACUAAGAUGAGGGCAUUUGUGGAAAGCAUGCUGCAGGAUGUGCGCUCAUCCUACAGGGUCAGGGAGGAGCAGCUCGCUUCUGCUGCUCGCUCCUAUAAAAAGAGACUACAGAAGAUGACAAAGACCCAUCAUGCCCUCCUUAUUGCAUACAGGGUUCAGAGGGAGCAGAUCUUGGCCAAACCAGAGAGCGGUCUUGACCCUGGACCUCCAGAGGCCCACUUCAGCCUGGAGAAGGCUGAGCUGAGAGGUGACACUCAGAGCGAGCCCCGGCACCUUUGUCAGAACAAGGCGAGGCUGGAGGGUCAGCUGCAGGCGGCCCGGGAGCAGGACGGGCCAGUAAAACUGGAGCAGAUAUGUGAGGAAUCUGGGCUGGAUGUAAGGACACAGCUGAAGGAAAUCACAGACUCUACACUGGUAAACAAAAAAGCUUUUCUCAUCACCAGAGCAACGGUUGCGGAGGCGCAGGUGCUGGAGUUGCAGGACUACAUCGACAAGCACCUGGGCAGGUAUAAACAGGAGAUGACACAUCUCUGCAGACUGCAUGGGAUACAGGAGGGAGAGUUGCUGCUGGAAACACAGGACCUGUGUGCUAGGUGGGGUAUUGUUGUGUUGGACUACAAGGGAGUGUCCAGGAGCCCUUUUCCCCCUGUCUGCGCUCUCAUCUCUGGAGCUUUGUCUCUGGCCACUUCCCUCAAAAUCCCCCAGGGGCUGACGGAAGUCCACACCCAACAACUCUCUCCCAUCCCUUUUGAUUCCACUUUCCUGAGGGUUUCCCGCUUUGCCGCGUCCAUCCCAAAACCAAUGAAAAUCACUCAGCAUUAA